CUCACAUAACGUGCUACAUUCCCCAAAGGAGCAGCGGAGGAAUUAAGAAAUGGUAGGUGGAAACUGGUGGUGCUUCGGUGAUCGGAGGAGCUCCGGUGAGGAUGUGUCUGAUCUUGACCCGAUACUUCUGGUGAGUGGUGUUGGUGGGAGUAUUCUGAAUUCGAAGCCAAAGGGCUGGUUCGGGCUUACGACCCGUGUUUGGGUCCGUAUUCUUCUUGCUGAUAUGGAGUUCCGAAAGAGAGUCUGGUCCCUCUACAAUCCCGAUACUGGGUACACAGAAGAACUGGAUGAUAGUUCUGAUAUUGUGGUUCCACAAGAUGAUUAUGGGCUUUAUGCUAUCGAUAUUUUAGAUCCCUCAUUUUGGAUAAAAUUGUUACAAGUGACGGAUGUAUACCAUUUUCAUGACAUGAUCGACAUGCUUAUUAAGUGUGGAUACAAGAAAGGAACAACAUUGUUUGGAUAUGGAUAUGACUUCCGCCAAAGCAAUAGAAUUGAGCAGGCCAUGGAUGGUCUCAAGGAAAAGCUGGAGGCUGCAUAUAAGGCUUCAGGGGGUAGAAAAGUCAACCUUAUAUCACACUCCAUGGGUGGGUUGCUAGUAUCAUGUUUCAUAUCCCUCCAUUCCGAUGCAUUUUCCAAGUAUGUGAAAAAAUGGAUAACCAUUGCAACCCCUUUCCAAGGUGCACCCGGAUAUGUCAAUGAUUCUCUGUUAACCGGAUUACAGUUUGUGGAGGGACUUGAAAGCUACUUCUUUGUGUCAAGGUGGUCAAUGCAUCAACUGUUGGUGGAAUGCCCAUCAAUAUAUGAGAUGCUCCCAAAUCCCGAGUUCCAAUGGAAAAAGCAACCUGAAAUUUUCGUAUGGAGAAACCGUUCAGAAAACGGACAAGAUUCAGCCAAACUGGAAACUUAUGACACAUCUGGUUGUGUGGGGCUGUUUGAAGAAGCAUUGAAGGGCAAUGAGAUAGAGUACAACAAGAAGACAAUACCUUUGCCAUUCAAUUCUUCCAUCUACAAAUGGGCAGCUACUACACGCAAGAUGCUAAACAGUGUGCAGCUUCCCCAAGGGAUUGAUUUUUAUAACAUUUAUGGAACAUCAUUGGAUACCCCUUUUGAUGUUUGUUAUGGGUCUGAAACUGAUCCAGUCAUUGACCCAUCUGAGAUAUGCCAUACAUUACCUGAAUACUCAUGUGUGGAUGGAGACGCAACAGUUCCCGCUGAGUCAGCAAGGGCAGAUGGAUUCCCAGCAAUAGAAAGGGUGGGAAUACCCGGUGCUCAUCGGGCACUAUUAAGAGAUGAAACCGUAUUUGAAUACAUACGCAAGUGGUUAGGACUCGAAGAACAAAGCAGUACACGUGUUAGGACCUCCAAAGUUAUUGAUGUUGGUUUGGCUUGAAGCUUGUUUAGCUGUGUAGUGGCAUUUGGUUCAUGAAUCAUGAUGAUAGUUGUUGUUUUGUAUCUUAGCAAUUCAUGUUCUUGAUGAAUAAGAGGUCAGUUCAUUGUUCUUUUAGCUGAAACAUCAUACUUUGAUGGGAUUUUUUUCACUUUGUACAAAUACAAUAAUAAACCAUAGUAUGUAUUGUAUAUUGAUUGUAUAGAAUGAGGUACAAGGGAUCUCUAUAGAUAAAAGUUACAUAUAGGUACCCUCUACACGAAGAUUAUUAUAAACAUGGCUAACCCUUUCUAAUACGCCCCCACAAGCUAAGGGCGGUCAACGACGUGUAGCUUGGACCAUAGGAUGAAAAAUCUAGGAGUUGGCAAUGGUUUUGUGAACAUGUCUGAUCGUUUGUGGAUGUAAAUUGUACAUGAAAACUCCCCUCAACAACUUUUCUGUAAUAAAGUGGAAAUCAAUUUCCAGGUACUUUAUGUGAGCAUGGAAGAUAGGAUUGGUAGACAGAUAAGUUGCACUCAAAUUGUCAUGCUAUAGAAUGGGAGCUGAAGGUGUAUGGCCAUAGAGUUCAUAAAGAGGAGCUUGGAGCGAGGUAAAUUUGCAUGCUGUGUUGGUAAAGGUUUUGUACUGGACUCACCGGAGGAUCGAGAAACUUUUUGUAACUGGGUAGACAAAGAGAUGAGGUUAAAAC